AUUCGCUUGCUGGCAUUAUUACAAUAUUUAGCUUCUCUGCGCGCUUCGGUUAACUGUAAUUGUCACGGGGAAGUUAAAAGAAACGCGUUCGUGACCAACCCCAUCCCCCUUGCGUAUCUCGCGCUGUCUUUCCCCAGUUUGUGUGUGCGUAGCGCACGCGCGCUUCCGCGUGCCUACAUGCGUGUCCGUUUUCUAGCGCUAGCAACCGAGAGAGACCCGAGGCAAGGGCAGGAGUCAUUCCACGCGCGCGCGUUUUCUGCGCUCCUUCCUUCGUGUGCUCUACAGCUUUUAUUUUCUGAUUGUGAUAUUUGGGUGCUUUUAAUUCUCGAGGCAUGUUUACCUUCCUCACACACGUCCCUCAUUCGCAGUUUGACUGUGUAUUUGACGGAGUAACCGAAAUUUACACUACGGAAGCGACUGUUCCACGUGUCUACAUCACAGCAGGGGCGGUGCUAUGUUGUUGCAAACAAGUUGAAGAAUGGAGUUGGCCAACCAUGGUCUUAUCCUGCUGCAGCAGCUUAACGCUCAGAGGGAGUUUGGCUUUCUGUGUGACUGCACCGUGGCUAUAGGAGAUGUCUUCUUCAAAGCCCACAAAGCCGUCCUUGCUGCUUUUUCCAACUACUUCAGAAUGCUCUUUAUUCAUCAAGACAGUGACUGUGUGCGUCUGAAGGCUGCUGACAUACAGCCAGACAUCUUCAGCUACCUCCUCAAUCUCAUGUACACAGGCAAGCUUGCGCCCCAGCUGAUUGACCCUGCCCGACUGGAGCAGGGGGUCAGAUUCCUGCAUGCCUACCCACUCUUGCAGGAGGCCAGCCAGUCAGUGUAUUCCCACCCUGAGCAGAGCAUCAACCUCUCCACCUCCCUCUAUGGCAUCCAGAUCUCUGACCAACAGGUGGCAUUGUCAACAAGAGUACAGACUCGUCGACAGCUCUCCUCACCGUUGGACAUGGAGCAGGUCAGCUCAGAUGGCAAGUUCCCAUCCACACCAGCUGCAACUUCAUUUGCAAAUUCCUUACCACCCAAGCCAACAUCCUCACCUCCUGAUGUAGAGGCCUCAACAAGUGGCACUAAGCCUUUGGUUGAAGACAUGGGAUUGGACUUAGUGGGUGCAGAUGGUUCCUCAGCCAGUGCCAUCCUCCAUGUAAAGCCCAGCAUAAUGAAGAGGAAUUCCUCCUUUCGGAAGCAUUACUCCUGUCAUCUCUGCCGGAGCAGAUUCACCCAGAGAAGUUUGCUGAGAGAGCACCUCCUGCAGCACACCCAGGCUCUUCAACAGCCUCCAGCUGAGCCCAACAAGACUCUCUCACCGGUUGCGAUGGGAGAACACAGUAUGUCAAUAGAGGGGCUUCUUAAAGGAAACAAGGCAGGGUCAGGUGCCUCUGUUGCAGCUACAGCUGUGGAGAUCAUCAGUGACAGCGAGCAAACUCCUGUUUCAGGCACCAACUCAGAUUCUCCCCAAGCAGAGGUGUCCACUUCCACCUGGGGGAUAGGAGGCUUAAAUUCUCAGGCAGAUACACCUCCACCUUCAGAUAUCGCAGACAUCGACAACCUUGAGAAUGCUGACUUGGACCGUGAGGUGAAGCGGAGGAAGUACGAGUGCUCCACCUGCGGGCGUAAGUUCAUUCAGAAGAGCCACUGGCGUGAACACAUGUACAUCCACACAGGUAAACCCUUCAAAUGCAGCUCUUGUGGAAAGAGCUUUUGUCGUGCCAACCAGGCUGCUCGGCACGUGUGCCUGAACCAGGGGGCUGACUCCUACACUAUGGUGGACCGACAGAGCAUGGAGCUGUGCGCUCAAGGAGAUGACAGCAGCCAGAUGGAGUCAAUGUUCUUGGGCUCUUCAAAGCCUUACAAGUGUAACAUUUGUGCAACUACUUUCUCCAGCCCUAGUGAGGUGAUCAAACACCUGUGCUUCUCCCAAGGAGGGUUAGUGGGGCUGCAGGGAAACACAGGAGCAGGCAUUCUUCUCCAGCGGGAAGAUUUUUCCAAAGAUGAAGGCUCUGAUGUGUCCAACUCCGGCACCCCAGUAGAACCAAUAAAGACUGAGGAGAUCCUUGUAGAAUAGUGCCAAAACUGUGUUUUCAUCGCUUUUAACAUGUGUUUGUUAACUAAAUUAUGUUUAAUAGGUAAGCUAAAGAUUAAAUUAGUCAGGGUAUGUUUGUUAAAGAUUCUCAGUAUACUUUUAACUUGUUUGAUCAUACAUUGCUUUGAAUAUUUUGGCCAUAGGAGUAAUGAAAGUUAUAGCCUAUAGUUAACUCUCUACACACAUAAGAAAAAUAGAAUUACAUGGACAAUUGACAGAAGGCUUCACAUCAAAUAACAUUGAGGUAAUUGUUUUAAUGCUUGUUAGAUGGGUAUUAUACUCCGACAUGUGAGACUGUACCAGACCCUUAAGAUCUAGCAUUGUGGUGCAGUUGUGCACAGUUUCUUUAGUAAUAAAAGGAAGUGAGGGUGUUACUGAAAAAAGGCAGUAUUUUGUGAGUUUGGUUGUCUGAAGAUCUGUUGAGGCAAAGAACUAACAAUUCCUCCAGAUCUACAGGGUACACUUGUUUUAACAUGGGCAUAAAUGAGAAGCUGAUUCUCCAGAACAGGUAUAUAAAUAAAUUUGCAGCUAAAAAGCACUCAGACCUGAGACAUUCUGAGUGGAUUCUCAGUAUGCAUCAAAGUACUUUUGUCUUCCAUUUGUCUUUUUCUAGUGGUUUUGACUGAGCAAAACGAAUACCAUGGCAUGAAAUAUAAUGUCCAGUAACUGCAGCUUUCUGAGCAGAAUUGUAGUUAUUUUAAUCUUUUUAUGUGUGUGUGUGUAGCGUGUGUGACUGUCUCUUUCCUGUCACACCAUAUUACAGCACAGUUGCGCCACAUGACAAGUGAUCUGGCCACUCAGAGUUGGUCAUAAGGAACAAAAGUGUGUAUUUUCUACAGUUGUGCCACUUUAAUUCAACUUUGUUUUCCCCAUUGCUUGUGCAUGUUAUGUAUUAUAAAACUCUUCGAUUUCUUAAAAGCCACAUGAUCCUUCCAGACACACACUGCUUGAUAAGAGGCUAUCCUGUAGAAGAUUGUAAAUCACCCCUUUUAUAAUUUGCUUAAUUUUACUCCUCAAAUCCCUUAAUGUUUGUUAGUUUUUCUAAUUGUAUACACAAUGCUAUAUUCAUAAAAAUACAUUAUAUUUCAAUGUACAAAUAGUUGAUUGAUAGGUUUGAAUAUAGGCAUUCAUUUGGUCUAGAUUAUUUUAUGUUUUAGGAAUGGGGAAAUUAUUUUCUUAAACUUAAUCAAGUAAUAGACUAUGGUGAAAAAGGGUGCUGUUUUAAUUUUUUUUUCUUGCCAAAUUUGUGCUGUCUCAUAAACUUCAUAUUCAUUUUGUGCAAAGGGAAACUUUACCUGUAUUUUAAGGAUCUUACUACAGUGGUAUAUUAAGUCUGCCCAUACCAGUGUAGUAGAGCCAAAAGUUGUCUUUUUAUAUAGAAAACAUUGACAUUCUGACUACUUUGCCUGUUGUUUUGGACAGUGUGCCACAUCAAGAGUUGAUACUGACUAAAAUGGCUGGAUUAAAUAUUUGUGUUUUAUAGGGAUAUAAAAAGUGCUUUUUAAUUUAACCUGAAAUCAACUAUUUUGGAUAACAGAACACUUUCUGCUGUAUGUACUACUGAUGUCUGGAAGUCAUGAGACAUCUUAAAACACACGUUAAAUAAAUGUGAAACUCGGAAAGUGCUUACCUCUUAAAUGAUUUGUCAUUAUGUAGCGAUGGCUCCAGUGGCAUAAUUAGAAUGGUAAACAUACCAGCAGACAUCUGCUCUGUUUAUUCUUUUAUUAUUAUUGUUAUUAUUAUUAAGGUGAAGCCACUGCAGGGUGGCAGUGUAAAUCUGUUAGGACAAGCUUGUUCCUUAAAAAUGAAAAUUAACUUUGUUGUUUAAUUGCUACAGUUUUGCCUUAGAACUUUCCUUUCAUUGAGUCCCUUUUUUUCUUUCUCCUUUACACCAAAAAUUCUUAAUAUCUGUGGGACAAGCAAUAAAAUUUGACAACACAUUUAUUUAAAAGCUUUUUUUCUGUGCAUUUUCAGAAAGUGAUUUUAAGCAUAUUCAUUGUUAGCUUUUUUGGCCUACUUCCAUAAUGAAGAAAUAUUGUUACUUAGCCACCUUGAUCUAAGAAAAUGUUUAAUUUCACAUUGUAAGUUUGUGUUAAAAUUGCUUUAGGAUUAUAAGUCCCAUUGAGGUUUUAUUUUUUUUUAUAUGCAGUUACUCUUAUAUUUUACCAGAUGGCGCUGUUUCCCUAUUGUCUGCUCAGAUCAAGUGAAAUAUAAAGCAGUUGAUUUUGAACAGUGACUGAUUGCCAAUUAUGUGAAUUACAUUAUAUUGCAUAAAGAACAGACACCUGUAAAUAUAUGCAAUUGCAAUACUUUUAUGUUUUUCCUUGAGCAAAGUCCUGCCUACUGACUCUUAUCUCUCUGGGCUUAACUGGUUAAUAGAAAUAUGCACAAAUUUUUGAAAACCCUUCCACAGAUUAAGCUGAUAUUAUUCUUCACGAUCAUCUUGUAACUUAAUUGCUGUUUGUGCUUUAUAAACAGCCAUAUAUCUCAGGAAGAUGAGAACUUUGACAUUAUCUGUUGGUUUCCAAAAAUAAUCAUUUAUGGAAUUGUUAGGACCCCAGAACAUGAAACGUGUACACGAUGUUUCCCCAUCUGCCAUCUACUGUGACUGAUGUGUGUUCUCAGGAAUGUGAUUAUUUUUUUUUUUUUUCAGUAUAAACAUUUAUUUGGCAGUGAAGAAAGAAUAAAAACAUGUUUUUACAAAAGA